AUGGCUACUUUGGACCAAAUCAUCAGUAUACUUGAAGAAACAGGGAAUUUAUUGAAGAAAACACAAGUGAAUCUUAAAAAAUGCCCGAAGUCACGAUUAACAAAAGGAUACAUUGAAGCACGAUUGAAGUGUAUUGAGGAUUAUUGGACGAAUUUUAAGAAAUCACAUGAAGAAUUGAUACGCACUACGACCAGAGAACAAAGGAGCUUGUUGCCGUAUUUCGUAAAUGAAGAAUACUAUUUACAUGAAGAUGUGUACUUGUGCUUGGAAGCCGACCUUAAAGAUGUGUUAUCAGCUUUGCCAGUGUCACGUUCAGUUGAAAGAAUACCGCGGGACACUUCAAACAUUCAAGUGAAACUUCCGAAAAUUAAUUUACCCCUGUUCCUAGGAACGUACGAGUCGUGGACAGGGUACCAAGAUUUAUUUAUUUCGUUGGUACACAAUAACACAUCUCUAAGCAGUGUACAAAAAUUACAUUACUUGAAAACAAGUGUCAGCGGUGAGGCGGAGCAUUUAUUGAAGCAUAUACAAAUAACAGAGAAUAAUUAUGCGCUAGCGUGGAAUACAUUGAAGGACCGGUACGGUAACAAACGAUUGAUAGUUAACUCUCUGUUAAAACGAUUAUUUACACAAAAGAAAAUUGCUAGUCAGUCUGCUAAUCAAAUUAAGUCAUUGUUAGACACUACAUCUGAGUGUAUAAAUAACUUACAAAAUUUAAAUAUUACCACCGAUUCUUGGGAUCCGAUAAUUAUAUUUCUUGUUGUACAGAAGUUGGACCCUGAGUCACAUAAACAAUGGGAGGCGUAUGCUUAUAAAGAAAAUACAGAUGAGUUGCCUACGUGGACUGACUUGAAGAAAUUUUUAGAAUCACAGUUUCGUACACUAGAAUUAGUUACACCGUCAUCUUCAUACACAAGAGAGCGAACUGUAAAAGAAAAAUCAUACCAUGUAACAACUUCAAACAAAAUUUGUGUUAUGUGCAAGAGUGACCACGCUUUAUGUCAUUGCAAGGAGUUUACAAAUUUCCUGUCAUGUUUGUCACAAACGUCACCAUUCGCUUCUACACUUACAGAAGAAAGCAGACACUUCGGGUAA